AUGCUGCGAUCGAAUUUUUGCCGCCGUGUCUCCCUUCACAAUCGACGCCGCUGGGAGCAGCGCAUUGCCUCAGUUCUAUCUGAUCACCGGGAAGAUCAAGUCAACUCUGCUGCAAGACGCUUUAAUCGCAUUUACAAAGAACGUCGGUACACCCCUGUAGAGGAGGCUUUUCCACUUCUUGACAAGGAGCGCUGGGCUGGUCUUCCGGGUGAAGAAUCCAGUGAGAUGGGAAAGGAAAGGGCAGCCUCUACGGGCACAUCUGGAUCCGGUGAAGCGACGUACCGCCUCCGCACGACGUUUCUCGGCCCCCAAAACGCGGGCAAGACGUCGCUGGUGAACGCCCUCGCACUCAGCCAGGUGGGUGCGGUGAGCAGUCGCUACGGCAGCACGAAGGACUGGACAAAGGCGGUCGCCACUGUCCACCAGACGCAGCUGCUGCUACUGGAUACGCCGGGGGUGGUGAUAAUCAACACUCAACAGGAUCGCAAACGACAUGCGGUGAGCUCGGCAAAGGCGUGGGAUUCGAUUUUUUGCGCCGAUCUGGUCGUCUUGGUGCUGCCGGUGGGGCUGGGGUUUCUCGAAAAGGAGCACAAAUGCGUUGCUCGAGAGGUUGUGCAACGUGCGGCUUCGCGCGAGCUCCCUGUUGUGCUCGCCCUGUCGAUGAUGGAUCGCGUGCAAACUCCAAAGCACCGUGAGCUGUACUUUUCCAUGCGCGCUGACCUCGAAUCGAUGUGCUUGCCGAUCGCUGCCACCCAUGAGGUGAGCGUCAAGGACGGGAAAGGCUUGGUGGAGCUGAAGGAUUGCUUAUGUCGCUAUGCCGUGCCGGGGGCGUGGGAGCACACACGGCGGGAAUCAACCGACCUCUCCCCUGUUGAUCGUGUAGCCGAGUUCUUACGGCAGACUUAUCUUGAGCUACUACCUCAUGAGAUCCCACACCAACUGCGGCAGCGGAUCAUUGGAUGGACUCGCAAGGAUUCGGGAACUACUGAAGUUAUUGUGGAGGUUUUUUUUGACCGACCAGGGUACAUGUUCACUUUCUACUCGAAACUGGAGACGAUAUGCGUGCGAGCGCAGCAGCUUACAGAAAAUGAACUUGGCUCGCGUUUUCGCUUUGUUUUCCAGGCUUUUACUUCUCCUAGUGGUCUUUCCCAUCGCUGA